UAGCAAGGGACACUCACUGCUUUCUUUGUGCUUUCCAUGGCUUCCUGUGUGUUUCUUACGGUUCCUCUCUGUCUCCUUGUCUACAUCGUCUCACUUCACGUUUCGGCGGAGGUCAUCCUUGAAGAUGGCUACACGGUGACCACCGUCAUCGACGGUAACAAGCUCAACAUCUACCCUCAUUCCGUGCUUCAGCUUCCCGGAUCGUCCGAUCUUCUCGUUCUCGAUCAUGUCAAUAGUGCUUUCUAUACCGUACAGUUUCCCACAUCCCAAGAUAAUGUUGUUAAAAGGUUUGCUGGUUCUGAAGCGGGAUAUUCGGACGGUGGGGUAGGUUCUGCUCAAUUUGACAAACCCAGAAGCUUUGCUGCUGAUUUGAACGGGAACGUGUAUGUUGCUGAUAGGACCAACCGCGUUAUCAGAAAAAUAAGCCGCUCUGGGGUAACCACAAUUGCUGGGGGUUUCUCACGUGAGAAAGGUAGAAAAGAUGGGCCAGCCCAAAAUGCAACAUUUUCAGAUGAUUAUGAGCUAGCAUUCAUUCCUAGCAGAUGCCUUUUACUGGUUUCUGAUCAUGGCAAUCGAUUAGUUCGCCAAAUUAAUUUGAAGAAGGAAGACUGUACUCCUCCUCAAUCAGGGCUUGGUACAGUGCGUGCUUGGACUCUGGGUGUGGUGCUUGGACUCCUGUGCCUGGGCGUAAUCUAUUUUGUUGCAGUCCGCCCUUGUAUCAAUUCUCGUACAGCAAGGCUCCAGGGUCGUCUUGAUCAUGGGGACAUGGAAGAACUCCCUAAUCAAUCUGGGGAAGAUAGUAGCGACACACUGCUUCGCCAUCAAAAGCGAAGCUGUUAACAGUAAUAUCUCUUCAUUUAUAAGCUUCUUGAAGAAACUCUGGAGUCUGAGUCUCUCUCAUCUUUUUCUUAUGUUUAGAAUAAACAGAGCAGCUUCUCCUAGACCUUGCAUUGAGCAAAGGCCUCUGAUAGAUUUAGAUUCCUACAGUUGUGAGGUAAAAGAGCCAAGCAAGUACGAUAAUCAACUGAGAGAUUUGAUUAGUGCAGACUGCAUUGGAGCUGAUAACAUAGAGAAAGAUGAUGACGUGGGCUUUGCAGAGACACCAAAAGAUAGAGUUUUACUGCCAGAGUCGUCUAUGAGUAGUAACUAUGGUUUGGUGAAGAGGAGAUGAGCAGUUGUUUAUAACUCAACUUUCUAGUCUAUAUUAUGUAACGUGUGUGCAUAAACUUACCACCUAGGACCAUCAGCUUAGAAUUCUGUCGGUUAAAUUGCUUUCACUUCUCUUGGAUUUACUCUAAAAGCGAGUCUAUAAGUUAAACAUGUUUUUGUUUAGUAUGACGGUAUUAUUGUAAUUAUUAGUAUUAGUAGUAAUAAUUGCAGGCAAAAAAA